AUGAACAACAAGAUGAACAGUAGGAUGAACAACAAGAUGAACAACAAGAUGAACAACAAGAUGAACAACAAGAUGAACAGUAGGAUUAACAGUAGGAUGAACAGUAGGAUGAAGAACAGGAUGAACAGAAGGAUGAACAGUAGGAUGAACAACAAGAUGAACAAAAGGAUGAACGGCAAUAUGAACAACAAGAUGAACAGUAGGAUGAACAGUAGGAUGAACAACAAGAUGAACAACAAGAUGAACAACAAGAUGAACAGUAGGAUGAACAGUAGGAUGAACAACAAGAUGAACAGAAGGAUGAACAGCAAGAUGAACAGUAGGAUGAACAGCAAGAUGAACAGUAGGAUGAACAACAAGAUGAACAGUAGGAUGAACAGCAAGAUGAACAACAAUAUGAACAGUAGGAUGAACAGCAAGAUGAACAGUAGGAUGAACAGUAGGAUGAACAGUAGGAUGAACAACAAGAUGAACAACAAGAUGAAACACAAGAUGAACAGUAGGAUGAACAGUAGGAUGAACAACAAGAUGAACAGUAGGAUGAACAGUAGGAUGAACAACAAGAUGAACAGUAGGAUGAACAGUAGGAUGAACAACAAGAUGAACAACAAGAUGAACAGUAGGAUGAACAGCAAGAUGAACAGUAGGAUGAACAACAAGAUGAACAGUAGGAUGAACAGCAAGAUGAACAACAAGAUGAACAGUAGGAUGAACAACAAGAUGAACAGUAGGAUGAACAGUAUGAUGAACAACAAGAUGAACAGUAGGAUGAACAGUAGGAUGAACAGCAAGAUGAACAGUAGGAUGAACAACAAGAUGAACAACAAGAUGAACAGUAGGAUUAACAGUAGGAUGAACAGUAGGAUGAAGAACAAGAUGAACAGAAGGAUGAACAGUGGGAUGAACAGCAAGAUGAACAGUAGGAUAAACAGUAGGAUGAACAACAAGAUGAACAGUAGGAUGAACAGCAAGAUGAACAGCAAGAUGAACAGUAGGAUGAACAGUAGGAUGAACAACAAGAUGAACAAAGAUGAACAGAAGUAUGAACAGCAGGAUGAACAGCAAGAUGAACAGUAG